UGUAGCCGGUGGGUGUAGGUGAGGUCACUGAAUUGCCCGUUCUGCACCCCUCUCCCCUUCCAGGUGCUAUGACCGGAAAGCUGCUGGAUAAACUCCCGGUAAAUAUGACCUCACUGCUUCCGGAUCCCCUCUACCCCGAGGAGGGGCAGGACCUACCCGGAUCGCUGUCAAUGUACCCCAGUGGGGCUAACGACCAACACUACUCUGCUAUGUCUGCAGAUAAUGUGAUGGAUUUGGGUCUGACCAAUGAGAAGAACUCUCAGGAUAUGUCCUACUCAGGCACCUUCCAGCCAGGUAACAAGACCGUCACCUACCUAGGCAAGUUCUCCUUUGAUUCUCCCUCAAACUGGUGCCAGGAGAAUAUCAUCAGCCUGAUGAGUGCAGGUAUCCUUGGAGUGCCCACAUCUCAAGCAGCUAAUUCAGGAGGAGGAGGUGGAAGUGGUGGCAUCAUGGGACAAAGUCAAAGUGAAGUUGAAUCUAUGUUCCAUGGUCUUCCACCUUAUGCCAGCUGUGGAGACCUGUACCAUGAUCAGGUGGGUUUUCAAGGAGGAAGUAUGGCACCAUACACUUCCCAGGAAUACCCAUCUCCGAAACAGAGUCUGGACUCUAGUGUCUUCCCAAUGAUACCAGACUACAAUAUAUUCCAUCACAACACUGAGAUGCCUCCAGUGGACCAGAAGCCCUUUCAAAAUAUGGAGGCUAUGCGGGUCAAUCCUCCACCCAUAACUCCACUGGAGACCAUCAAGGCAUUCAAAGAGAAGCAGGUGUUACCCAGCUUUGGAGGAAUGAGCCACCAGCCGCCACUUACUCUAAAACCCAUCCGGCCUAGGAAAUACCCUAACCGCCCUAGCAAGACCCCUCUUCAUGAGAGGCCACACGCGUGCCCCGCCGAAGGCUGUGACCGACGCUUCUCACGGUCUGAUGAGCUGACUCGCCAUCUGCGUAUCCAUACAGGGCACAAGCCCUUCCAGUGCCGAAUCUGUAUGAGAAGCUUCAGUCGUUCUGACCACCUCACUACGCACAUCCGCACUCACACAGGGGAGAAGCCCUUUGCCUGCGAUUUCUGUGGACGCAAGUUUGCACGUAGUGACGAAAGGAAGAGGCAUGCUAAGAUCCACCUCAAACAGAAGGACAAGAAGGGAGGGGACAAAUCAGCAUGCUCCCCCUCAGUGGCUGGGGCAACAGCGGUUACCACCUGUGCUUGAGGACAUAUUCCAUUCACCCCACUUUUUUGCGGGAUGGAGGGACUGAAAUGCUGCUCUGCAUGCCAUUGCUGUUUGCACCUAUUUCCUGCCAGAGAUUUGUAGAUCUGUGGCUUUUUUUGGGUCCUGCAUUGUAUUAUUUCAAUGACCCCUUUCCAAAAGUAAUCUGCAGGGUAUUAUUAUUUCUCCAUACUACAGGUGCCAACAGCAUUCACUGCACCUCUGCUAGCUGCACCUACACAGCAUUACCCAUUGCUACACCCGAGGACCUGUCUCUACCCUUUAGUAGGAGGUCGCUGGUUCACCCUUCACACCUUUUUUGACUAUCAUGCUGUCCGAGCUGCUGCAUGAUGCUUCAUCCACCACCUUACAUUGCUGCACCUACAGGAGAUCUCUCGCUCCCUACCUCCCUAAUGUACACCCUUCUGCCUCUAGAGCCCCCCUCCAUGUGUCUCCACACAAGAGCAGUGGUAACCCCGGGGGUGCAGGAACCUUCAGACUCCAGUCUGUCCCCCAUACAAAAGUCUUGGGGGGGUCCUUUUUUGCUGCUUAGUUAACACAAUCUGCUGCUGUUCCUGGAUGUUAGAUUCCAGUGUGCCUGUCUGCGCCCCCCCCAGGCAUUAACAUACACUUACUUCUACUUCUCUGCUUUUGGGAGGAUUGUCAGACUCAAGCUGUUUUUCAUGUAAUCUUUUAGAGUUUAUCUCUUCCUUACUUUUCUCUUCUCAUCCUAUCUCUAACAAUAUUCCAAACUUUCUCCUGUGCUCUCCUAUUAUUUAUCCGCCAUCACUACUCCCAUAGCCAUGCUUUAUUUCUAUUUCCUCAUCGCUCCUCUCAUUAUCCCCUGAUC